CGAAAGAGCUGCUCUUGCGUAUCGAAAAGUACCCCCAUCGGAUGAACUUCAGUAAAGGCAUUCUAGAGUCACGGCAGCUGCACUACAAACACCUCUCCAAACUUCUCAGACCAAUCCCUUUGAACACGCCAACGGAGAUUGAGCUGACCCCACGAUUGUCGAUCCGAGUCACUCUUCUAGAUGCAAACCACUGCACAGGCGCCGUGAUGUUCUUGAUCGAGGGCGAUGGAAAGGCCAUACUAUACACAGGCGAUAUUCGUGCUGAACCCUGGUGGGUCAACAGCAUCAUCCGACAUCCGGUCCUCAUCCCCUAUACUCUAGGGGGCAAACAGCUAGACCAGAUCUACUUGGAUAACACCUUCGCCCGUCCGGCACAUGUCUGUCACACCUUUCCGUCCAAAGCAGAGGGUGUAGCAGAGCUGCUGCGCAAGGUAGGGUUAUACCCAGCCAAUACUACGUUCUACUUCCGAGCUUGGACGUUUGGCUAUGAGGAGGUCUGGAUGGCACUCUCUGCUGCUCUCAAUUCGAAGAUCCACGUCGAUCGGUACCAAAUGGACCUGUACAGGGCUCUUGUCUCGCAAAAUACCCACGAGGCCCCGUUCCUCUGUGGCUACGCGCUGGGGAAUCAGUACGUCCCCGGCUGUCUCAGCGAGGACGAGCAAUGUCGCAUCCACAGCUGCGAACCGGGCGUCCACUGCUCCGUAGCUGCAUCCAAGAACACCGUCUACAUCGCUCCGAUUGUCAACCGCACGGGCAGCGGUUCAGAAAUGCCCGAAAUAGGAGCCGGUGGGGGAGGCGGCGAUCUAUACCAGGUCCAUGAACUCGAACUUCCAGACCAGUCAACAUUAGAACAGCUGGAAAAGCUCUGUCUCGAACGCAUCCACGACACCCAGGCACUCUCCCAGACAAGACAGGCUCUUGCCGAUGCCUUCCAGUCUAAAAGCAAAGCACUGUCGCUCGACAGCUACGGCAUGAAAGAUGCACACGACAUGUCUCUAGAGAGCCUCGUGAACAUCCUGAGCCGCGGUCGUCUCAGCCAGGAAACCUUGUCCGGCAAUGUAGCUAAACACGCAGAUGAUCUACGAGACAAGCAGGGCAACCUCCUCCCCAAAAUCAUCAAUUUCCCCUACUCGCGCCACUCCUCCUACGCGGAACUCUGCGACUUAAUCGCAGCCUUCAAACCCAAAGACAUCCACCCCUGCACCGUCGACCCCGUCACCUGGGACGAGGACGUAUCCAUGCAAACGCUGUUCGGACACCUCUGUCCGGCCACCUCCACAUUCGCCCACGACCAACAUAUGCGCGAAAUCACAUCCAACGACCCCGACCUGCGCGCGAGGAAACGGGCCCGCUACGAACACAACCACCCCUCUUCUACACAAUCAUCCCAACAAUCAUCCAGCAUGAUGGACAACAUCGGCAUCCCAGACCACCCGAAACUCACACCUACAAUCAUCUCCCAGCCCCAACCACCUGCCUCUUCAGAACGAAUCCCCUCCCUCAACUUAAUCGAAAUCAAACGCACAUCAUCACCACCACUACCACCAUCAUCAACAACAACACCAUCCCAUCCAAACGAACCACUCACUCUCCCCACCCCAACCCCCGCCACCGCCAAAGCCCGUCGCGACGAGAUCCGCCACGCCUGGAACUUCCUUAACAACGCCAGCUCCUCCCAGCGUGAGCUUUACCAGCUCGAUUCCCUCCCGUCUUCCUGGCCUACGGAUGAUGAGAACCCGGCGGUCCCUGUAUCUGAAAUCGAUAUGACGCCUUACCCAGCAGACAAUCCCUACACAGAAGAUAGACCCUACCUAGCAGAUAGUCAACUGGAUGGACCCGCGAGAGAGCUAGUAAUUCCAAUGCCAAUGCCGAUAUCUUCAAGAUCACGCCAUGCUACUACUUCUCCUACUCAGACUCCAACUCCUAUACCCGAAACUCCUAUAUAUGAGCAACAACAACCAGCCCUAAACCCCCACGACAACACACACACGCAGACACAAACACACACACAAACCACCACCACCACCACCGACGAAACCACCCACAGCCAAACGCUCUCCCUCCCCUCCUCCGCAUUCUUAUCCCAGGAUCAAGCCCACGAACCCAUAUCAAUCUCAAGCUCAAGCUCAAGCAAGACUGAACCCGACCCCGAACCUGAAUCCGACCUCGAACCUGAGUCUGCCUCCGACUCCAACUCCAGCAACAAAAGCGAAGAAACCACCGAAGACGAUCACGAUCACGAUCACGAUCAAGAUCAAGAUCACAACAACCCGCAACCCAGACACAGACACAAACCCAGACAAAGACAAAGACAUAAACAUAGACCAGGUCUCCCUCGCACAUCAACCCAACUCCGGCGCGACGCGUAUCUAGCCGCCAGGGCUGAUAGCUUUGAAGCCUGGGCGACGGUUUCGUUGAUUUCGACGGGGAAUAAUCAUACGGAGGAGGAGAUGGAACUUUGACUUUAUUAUUAUUGUUGUUGUUAUUAUUAUCAUCUUUAUUAUCAUAUUUCAUGAUCAGGAAGUCUGAG